AUGUCCUUUUUUGGUUGCUGGUGCCUGACCGUGUCCCUUCUUGCUCUGCUCUGCUGUCCAGGGUCUCUUGUGAAGGCGUUCGAGGUGAACAUGUGGCCAGAGCAGCUGCUGGUGGAGCCCAGAGGGUCCUUGGAGAUCAACUGUAGCACAAGUUGUCCCCAGCCCGACACGGGUGGUCUGGAGACCACCCUAAAAAAGACCCUGCUGGACCAACAGCCGCAGUGGAAACGAUACUUGGUCUCAAACAUCUCCCAAGAGACAGUCCUCCACUGUCACUUCACCUGCGCCGGGGCGCAGAAGUCCAAAGACGUCGGUGUCACCGUGUUCUACCCUCCAAAUCAGGUGACCCUGACGCUGCAGCCCACCUGGGUGGCCAUGGGCAAAUCCUUCACUCUGGAGUGCCGGGUGCCCAACGUGGCUCCUCUCGAGAACCUCACCCUCACCCUGUUCCGAGACAGGGAAAUACUGGGCACCCAGACCUUUCAGAAUGCCACGUCUGACCCCCAAGAGGCCGUUGUUACCCUGAGUGUCACGGCUCGCAGGGAGGACAGCAAUCACAACUUCUCCUGCCAGGCAGAACUGGACCUGCACUCUCUCGGUGGGACCAUCAUCCAGAAAACAUCCGAGCCCCAAGCACUGCAGAUCUAUGAGCCCAUCCAGGGCAAUCAGAUGGUCAUCAUCGUCUCGGUCAUAUCGGUACUGCUGUUCUUCUUUGUAAUGGCCGUCCUGUUCUGCUUUGUCUUCGGCCAGCACUGGCACCAGAAGAGGACAGGUGCCUAUGGGGUGCGUGCGGCCUGGCGGAGGCUGUCCCGGACCAACCGGGCAUAG